AUGUCUCCGGCGCGUCGGUGCAGGGGGCUGAGGGCCGCGGUGGCUGCCAGCGUGGGGUUGAGCGAGGGGCCGGCGGCCUCCGCCCGGAGCGGCCGCCGCCUCCGUCCGCCGAGCCCGACCCCGGGGGCCCGGCUGUGGCGUCUCCCCGGGGGUGGGGCCGUGCGCGCCGCGAGCCCGGAGCGCUCCGGCUGGACCGAGGCGCUGCGGGCCGCUGUGGCCGAGCUGCGCGCCGGCGCCGUGGUGGCUGUCCCCACCGACACGCUGUACGGCCUGGCCUGCUCGGCGAGCUGCUCGGCGGCGCUGGGCGCUGUGUACCGACUCAAGGGCCGCAGCCAGGCCAAGCCGCUGGCCGUGUGCCUGGGCCGCGUGGCCGACGUCUACAGGUACUGCCAUGUCCAAGUCCCCGAGGGGCUGCUGCAAGACCUGCUACCAGGACCAGUGACGCUCGUGAUGGAGCGCUCAGAGGAGCUCCACAAGGACCUGAACCCCUUCACUCCCCUUGUAGGCAUCCGGAUUCCCGACCACGCUUUCAUGCAGGAUUUGGCCCACAUGUUUGGGGGGCCUCUUGCACUCACCAGCGCCAACCUCAGCUCCCAAGCUAGUUCUCUGAAUGUAGAGGAGUUCCAAGACCUGUGGCCUCAGUUGUCCCUGGUCAUUGAUGGAGGACCAAUUGGUGAUGGUCAGAGCCCUGAGUGUCGCUUAGGCUCCACUGUGGUUGACUUGUCUAUACCUGGGAAGUUUGGUAUUAUUCGUCCAGGCUGUGCCUUGGAAAGCACUACAGCCAUUCUCCAACAGAAGUAUGGACUAAGUCCUUCCCAUGGACCCUGCUUGUGAGGAUGGACGUCUCGGGACUGGUGCUGGACACUGUGUGUCUGUUUGGCAAGGCCUCGUUUGCAGAGGUCACUGGGACUAUAUCACUCACCUGACCCAUCUAGGUUUUCUGAACAUUGUAGAACUGACCCCAGAAGCUGCUGGUUUUAGCCUUACAUCUGGGGGAGAGCAUAUUUAUUAUCGAAAAUCUCGUUUAUCAGCCAAAGCUGAAUAGAGACUUUAAAGAAAA